ACCCAAACAAAAGAGAGAGAAGUUGUUCAAGGGCAACAAGUGCCAUUGAUAGAUAGAGAGACUGGGUAUUACACUAAGAAAGAGAGAUGCCAAUCGAUCCUGCUUCUGGCGCUGUGGUGGCAUUUUCCCUGAAGAAAGGGGAUGAUAUUUGCACUGCAGAGAUAAAGCUCCUCUGCUCGGUGGACAAAUACACUGAUUUGCUUGAGGGCCAUCUGGAAAUGAUGCGUGCCUACGUAGAGGAAUCUCUUGAUAUGAAGAUUGAAAAUCGCAUGGUCAUUGAGUGGAUUGGACAAGUAAGAGAGGCUAGCCUUGAUGGUGAUGAUAUUCUCGAGUAUUACAGGAUUCAGUCGCAGAGAAAGAGCUAUUGCUGCUGCAAAAAGCUUAAGACUCGCCAUCGAGUUGGGAACGAGAUAGUAGAUAUUAUGGAGCUUAUUGAUGCUAUUGAAAAGCGGAAAGCUUUGUUUGGCAUUAAAAUUGAAGGAGCAGGACAGACCAGUUCAAAUGGCACGCGUCCACAAUGGAAGGAUACUAAGGGCUUCAAGGAAAUAAAAAUGGUGGGAAUGAAGAAACAGCAAGACCAAUUGACAGAUUGGUUAAUGAAGGGAAGUCCCGAACUCGAGGUGAUUUCUGUGGUUGGAAUGGGUGGGAUUGGGAAAACUACUCUUGUAAAGAAAGUGUAUAACAUGAUGAAGAAUGAGGACCACUUUAAUUGUCGCUCUUGGGUGGAUUUGUCCCAAAACUUAGAAGGUGAACAGCAACUAAGAGCCAUGUUGAAAGGAUUCUAUGAAAACACAGAACAGGCAGCCUCAUCUGCAGUUGACAAAAAGGACCGAGUGUUUGCGCCUUCAAAAGAUACGGAGACGAUGGGCAAGGAACAGCUAGUGUCAUGCCUCCUCUCGCAUUUACAGAAGAAGUUUCUCUUGGUGUUAGACAAUGUAUGGAAGCAAGAUAUUUGGGAUGGCAUAGCACAUCAUUUGCCGGAUCUUAGUAAUGGGAGCAGGAUUAUCUUUACAUCCCAGAUAAGGAUCGAUGUUGGGCGGAGUCUGCGAGAGCAUAACCUCAAGCAUCCAGUCCUAACGCCAGACGAGGCCUGGAUCUUGUUAAAAAGGGAAGCAAUUCGGAAAGGGGAUGAAAGCAAAGACACCAGCGGUGUAGAACCGGUAGGGAAACGUAUUGUAGAAAGUUGUGGGCGCCUACCCCUGGCAAUCCUGGCCGUAGCAGGCAUGUUGUUGGAUAGAAAUCUGGAAAAAGAUGAAUGGGAGGAAGUACUAAAGAAAUACUCAUCGGAUUUGUGUAACAAUCCCUUGUAUGGAAAAGAAAAGAAUAUUUUAUCGGCUGUUUAUAAUGACUUGCUAGCUCCUCUGAAACAUUGUUUCUUAUAUUGUUCUUUGUUCCCGAAGAGCUAUGAGAUCAAGAGAAAGGUGCUGAUUAGGCUGUGGAUGGCCGAAGGAUUCAUCAAAGAGAGUCGGGGACUCACGAGAGAGGAUUUAGCAGAAACAUAUCUCAAUGAGCUGAUUGGCAAGAACCUGAUGCAGGUGGCAAGCACAAGCUCUGAUGGGCAAGUUCGAGCAUGUCGAGUUCACAAUGUGAUCUGGGAACUAGCUCUCGCAAUCGCUGCAAAAGAAAAUUUUGGGGUGAUUCUGGAAGGUCAGAAUGCCAAACAAGAUGACAAAACUCGGCGCCUUGCAAUCCACAGGUACCAUGAGUACAUCCUUGAUGCUAAGAUGAAGCGACGUCUCCGCUCUUUUCUUGCUUUGGGUGUGAACAGGUUACCUCCUUCCUUAUCUUCCAUUCUACCCAAAUUGAAAAAAUUGAGGGUCUUGGAUCUGGGAGGUGUUCGUAUUGAGAAGUUACCAAAGGAAAUCGGAAAUUUCAUCUUUCUAAGUUACAUAGGACUAAGGAACACACUGAUUCAAAAGCUCCCUAAAUCCUUGCAGAAUCUCCAAAGACUAGAAACACUGGAUGCUAGAGGAAGUAAAUUGGUGUCGCUGCCCAAGGAGAUCUCAGCCCUGCAGCACUUGAGCCAUCUACUCCUAAGGCAAUUUGAAGCAUCAAGUGAAUUGUUUUGGUUCAAUCUACUUCAAUCGGGUAAGUUUUCCUUCUAUGAUUCAUACGUACCGAUCAGUGUUAGUCUAAGGGGCUUACGAAGGCUUAAGACAUUGAAACAUGUAAGACUUGAUGGCAAUUCUGUUAAUGAUUUGGGGGAGUUGAUCAGCCUUGAGAAGCUCAAGAUCCAGUUGGGUAGCGCAUCGGAUGGGAAUGAACUAUGGUCCUCUCUUCAAAAGUUGAAGCUUCUUCAAUAUUUAGAUAUCUUUCCCAUUUCUCAAGAUAAUCCCAUAUCUGUAGGUUUGAUACCUUUGACCCUGCCUCCUCAGAAUCUCAGUCAAGAUGAUCUCAUAUCCGUAGAUUCGAUACCUUCGGCCCUGCCUCCUCCGAAUCUCAGUCAAGAUGAUCUCUUAACUGUAGAUUCGAUACCUUCAGCCCUGCCUCUUCAGAAUCUCAGGCAGCUGCGUAUAGGUGUGCUUUCAAAGAAUUUACUAGAUUGGAUAUGCAGCCUAAAGAGCCUCAGAAAGUUAGUUUUAUUUUCUUCUGCAUUUACUCAUGACCCACUUAAAGCCCUACAAUCACUGCCUAAUUUGGAAGAGCUUAUGCUGUUUAAGGCAUAUAAUGGGACAAUAAUGGGAGGCAAUUGCAUCAGAGAAUUUCCCAAACUAAGAACUCUCUUUCUUUUAAACUUGGAAAAUUUGGAAUCUUGGGAGGCAACAGAGGAGAGAUCUAUGCGAUCCCUUAAUACCCUUUUUAUCGUUGGCUGUAAAAAGUUGAAGAGGUUGGAUAAGAUAAAUCCCCUUAAGAAACUUCACAUAGGAAAUAUGCCAGAGAAAUUCAUAGCCAAGUUGAGAUCUAAUGAGGGAGAAGAUUGUUACAAGGUCCAACACAUACCACAGAUUACAGAGAUUAUUUUGAGGGGCAAAGGUGUGGUACAUAAAUCCCUCAAAAAAAAAACUAGCAGACUUGCAAGUGAGAAAGAGAGGGGGAUGGCAAGUUCUCAGAUGAAGAAACUGGAUGAUUUGUUCAACCAAGAAGCAUGUCUUCUGUACGGGGUUCACAGAGACAUCGCCUGGCUCGAUAUCGAGCUCAAGAACGUGCGUGUUUUCUUGGAUGGCGCAGAAAGGAGUGGAGAUGAACUCAUACAGGAGUGGAUGAAUCAAGUUAGAGAAUUGGCAUACGAUGUUGAAGAUCUCAUCGACCAAUUCACCAUUCAAAUGAAGAGCCAACGCCCAUGCUUCAGCAAGAAGCUUAUUGCUUGCUAUCGAUUUCGAUCUGAAAUCAAAGGUGUAAAGGCACUUACCCGAAGCAUCAUGAAAAGGAGAUCUGUGUUCCAAAUUCAAAUAAAAGCAGAAGAACGUGCAAUUUCAAAUUCUUACAGUGGAGAUCUUCUGCCAUUUGAUUUGAUCAAGGAGGCAGAUGGGUUGCGCAAAGACGAAGAUGCCGCAAAACUGGUAGAAUUGUUGGUGACGGAAAGUUCAAAACUUGAGGUGAUGUCAGUGGUGGGGAUGGGUGGUAUAGGAAAAACCACUCUAGUUAAGAAAGUGUAUGAUCAAGAGAAGAUUAAGAAGCACUUUGAUUCCCGUUCUUGGGUAACUGUGUCAAGAUCCGCUACCAUAUUGGGGCUUUUGAAAACCAUGUUAAAAGGGUUUUACAAAGAUAGCUCAGAGGAUACUGAAACAAUCGACUCUAUGGACAGCGAGAAGGAGCUAUAUUUGUGCCUGACCUCCUAUUUACUAUAUAAGAGGUUUCUCUUGGUUUUAGAUGAUGUAUGGAGCGAAGAUGUUUGGAAGAGAAUGAUAAUAUCCUUGCCGGACAGAGAAAAUGGAAGCAGGAUUAUCUUGACAACUCGAUUGAGUUCUUUCGUGUUCCAGCUUGGGGUGGUGAACCAUAUCCACGAGCUUCGAGUUCUUCCAGAGGACGAGGCAUGGUCCUUGUUCUGUGACAAGGCAUUUCGAAAAAAUGGCUUGGAAAAAGUUCCUGAAGAAUUGGAACGGGUGGCGCAACUCAUUGUGGAUGACUGUGAGGGCCUUCCUCUUUCAAUUUCGGCUAUAGGAGGUAUACUUUACAAGAGAAAAUUGGAAUUAGCAGAAUGGACCAAAGCGCUAAGGAGUCUCAAUUCGGAGUUGGCUAAUAAUCCCUCAACGGAAAGGGUAUGGGGAAUUCUUUCUUUAUGCAUUAAUGAUUUGCAUCACCUCCUCAAGAAUUGCUUCCUAUAUUUAUGCUUGUUUCCAAAAGAUUGUGAGAUGAGCAUAAAAAUGUUAAUUAGAUUAUGGAUCGGGGAAGGAUUCGUUGUUGCAAGUGAAGAAAUGACCAUGGAGCAAGUGGCGAUGGUAUAUAUUAAGGAGUUGAUUGACAGAAACUUGAUCCAAGUGUCCCGUGUGAAUGCUUCUGGGCUAAUUCGAGCAUGUCGUGUCCAUGAUAUUAUGCGUAGUCUUGCUCUCUCCAUGUCUGUGAGUGAGAAGUUUGGCGAAAUUUCAACGAGCAUCACCACCACCACAAUAUAUUCCAAGACUCGGCGCCUCUCAAUCCAAGAGCCCCCAAAAUGUAUCGAAGUUUGCACUGAUAAACCACAUCUCCGUUCUCUUCUCACUUUCAAAGUGGGGCAUUUGCCGGAUACCUUGUCUUCUAUCUUACCCAAGUUAAGAUUGUUGAGGGUAUUGGAUUUGGGGGGUGUUCUUCUCCAGAACUUACCUAAUGAAGUAGGAAAUUUAAUUCAUCUGAGGUACUUAGGAUUGAUGAAUACAGGGAUCCAGGAGCUUCCCAUGUCUUUGCUAAAACUUCAAAGACUUGAAACCUUGGAUUGUAGAGGGACUAAUUUGGAUCAUGUUCCCAGUGAGAUCUCAAGCCUGCAUAAUUUAACUCAUCUGCUCAUAUACAAAAGAAAAGCUUCCCAUACGGAAUUCUGGAUUCAGGUGCUCUCAACUGGUAAAUUUUCCGUCCAUGAGGAAUAUGUGCCAUUCAAUGUUAGUGUUGGGAGAUUAACAAGUCUUCGCACUUUGAAGCAUGUAAGAGUUGACUUAACUGUUUUUAAAGAGUUGGGAGAGUUGAACCAACUUGAGAAACUCAAGAUCCAAUUAGUGAAUGUGGAAGAUGGACAUGAGUUAUGGGGAUCCCUCCAAAGAAUGAGAAACCUUCGAUCCCUGUAUUUAUCGUCAAUGGAUGUACAAAACCCUGUUUCCCUAGAAUCAAUGCCUUCCCCCCUUUCCCUACCUCCUCUCAAUCAACUGUGUCUGAAUGCCAUUUUGGUGAAGUUACCCAUGUCAUUGUGCUCCCUUAGGAGCCUCAGAAUGUUGGCGUUAGUUUCUUGUGCACUAAUCGAAGACCCACUUGUAGCCUUGCAGUCAUUACCAAAUCUGAUGUUUCUUAUGCUCUUCAAGGCAUAUAAAGGGAAUAUAAUGGGACGUGAUGGUGUCCGGGAAUUUCCUAAUCUUAAGACUCUCUCUCUCAUUCACUUAGAAGAACUGGAAGGGUUGGAGGGAAUGCAGGAAGGAUGCAUGCCACUUCUCCAAGUCAUUACAAUCGUCGGCUGCAAGAAGUUGAAAAUGUUGGAUCACAGCUUCAGAUACCUUACUUCACUUCAAAAUCUAGACUUUGGAGAUAUGCCAAUUGAUUUCUUAAGAAGGUUGCAUCCUGUUUCAGGAGAAGACUAUCACAAAGUCCACCACGUUCCCAGUAUCAAAUUAUAUUAUCUGGAUAAUGAAAAGUAUGUGUACAUGAAUCUAAAGUGAUUCAUGGGAAGUUGGGAGGGUCCAUGAGAAGCGCACGUGGUGACCCCAAUGCCUAUUUCUUUCACUUCCUUAUAGCUUUGUACCUGUUCUUCAUAAAUGAAAAUUUCAGCAAAUCACCAGAGAUGAUAACGACUGAUGAGAACGCAACAAAUUACAGCAGACUCAAUUUUUGCUUGUUCCACAACACUGAGCUGAGGACUGGUUAAGUUGUGAACCCUUAAUGAAUGGAGAUAGCAGGAGAAUUUGUAACGAGAAAAAAUUAUCUGACUGUUGAUGAAGGAUUGAAGCAGCCUUUUGCUGAGAGGUUCAUUUAAUUCUGUACCUUACGGUUUCUCUCAACCCUGAACUUGUAAGAUUUUAAGUUUGAAGACACAUACUUUCUAUCAUUCUUUUACUGUUUUUCAUGGAUGGCUGCUUGUUUAACACCUGUUUCCUAAUAUAAGAUGUUUUGAAUUGAUUAACCCAGCUCUCAUCCAUUGAAGGAAUUUCUAAAUCAUGCACAUUUGAAAGCAUGAAUCAUAUAUUGUCUAAUUUGAAGACACAUGCUUUUCUGUCAUUCUUUGACUGAUUUUCAUAUAUAGCUGCUUCCUUAACUCUUGCUACUUAAUACAAGAUGGUUUGAAUCAAUUAACCCAGAUUUUGUUUCAAUGGAAGGAAUUACGAUGUCUGGCACCUUGAGAGUAUGUAUCUUAUAUUGCCUGAUUUUCAAUGAUGGCUGAUUAUCUCUGCCCUGCCCAGAUGAAAAACAAAAAAUCUUGUUUCCCUAUUGUAGCAGCAGGAGCAGAGUUGUGGAAAUUUAAAGAGUGACCUGUCCAAUCGGGUGUUUAAAAUUUGCGAUAUUGCCGCAGGUAGAGCAAGGACAUAUGGAUUAAGGGUAUUGCAGAUGUAUUGGAAAUACCGGAAGGUAUAGCAAGGAGUCAAGGACCAGGGUUUGCAGAGAGUCCUCGUGGUGAUUCUAAAGGGUUAUAAGGAUUUUGCAGAGCAAGGAAUGAGGGUUGUUUAGAAAAUCCAGGCCUAAGGGCCAGUUUGGAUGGAAGAUAAAAAACAAAGCUUCACAAUAAAAAUUUUCUUUUUACCUGAAUUAAAAAGUCGUUUUUUAUUUAUUUUAUCUCAACUGCAGACUGUUUGGAUGUGUAUGUGAAAAUAUUAGAAGAUCUUAAAAGGACAUAAAUCUUGUCGGUAAGACAGCUGAAAUAAGAGAAUUGGAGCUUGUUUUGGCCAAUCUACAA